UUAAAAUUGAUAACACCAAAUUGCUAUAUAAAUUCGUUCCUAGAUUUCAAAAAUCAUAGUAAAAUCCAACAUAGACAGAAACAUGGCUAUUAUAAUUCGAACAGUUUUGCUAUUUGUGGCAAUUUUGUCUUCUACACUUGGAGCCGGAAUUCCACCCAACAUAAUCGAACAAGAAACAUUUGGUCUUAAUAUUAACGUAUUUAUAUUUAACGAAAAUGUUGAAGCAAACUCAGGUAAUAAUACAACUGUUACAACUCCUUUUAGUAACUUUACAGACAGUGAUAAUUCAACAAUCUGGCCAACGACAAGCACAGAAUCAAACAAUGUUACUGUUACAACACCGUUUAGUAACUUUACCGACACUGAUAAUACAACAAUUUGGCCAACAACAAGCACAGAAUCAGAUAAUGUUACUGUUACAACACCAUUUAGUAACUUUACAGACAAUGGUAACACAACAAUCUGGCCAACAACAAGCACACAAUCAGAUAAUGUAACUGUUACAACUCCGUUUAGUAACUUUACGGACACUGACUAUACUACAUUUUGGUCGACCACAAGUACACAGUCAGACAAUGUUACUGUUACAACCCCAUUUAGUAACUUUACAGAUAGUGGUAACACAACAAUUUGGCCAACAACAAGCACACAAUCAGAUAAUGUAACUGUUACAACUCCGUUUAGUAACUUUACGGACACUGACUAUACUACAAUUUGGUCGACCUCAAGUACACAGUCAGACAAUAUUACUGUUACAACACCAUUUAGUAACUUUACGGAGAGUGAUAAUACAACAAUUUGGCCAACAACAAGCACACAAACCUCUGAUAAUGUAACUCUUACAACUCCAGUCAGUAACUUUACUGACAAAAAAUGAGACAAACAGAUAUCAAAUGAAUUAAAUGACGACUGUUUAUGUACAAAAAAUAUGCAAAUAAAAUAAAAAUUAAUUACAAAAAACA